UGGGGAGCUGGUUAUUAAAAGAGUUUAAUGGAGCAAACAUCCUAAAAUUUUGUUUGCUUUCUCAAUGGAGGGUCCUUAGUUUUCAAUUCUUCUUCAUCAUCAUCAACAGCAAUUUCUUCAUCUUCUUCUUCUCCUUCUUCCAAUCAACUCUACAGCUAUACUCAUCAACAAUUUCUUCAAGUCAAGAGCAUUUGUGAGAUUUAAUGUCAUCAACACUUAUUGGUGCUGCAGAGGAGGGACGUACUGCUAUUUCUUUAAUGACUUCUUCUCCUUCUUUAGAGAUCUCUGGAUUCAGAGAGCGUAACUACAUGGGGUUAUCAGACUGUUCUUCUGUUGACAGCUCAACCAUUUCUAGCUUGUCUGAAGAUAAUAAAAGUACUUUCAAUCUAAGUUCCACUGAAUUAAGGCUCGGUCUUCCUGGAUCCCGAUCUCCAGAACGUAGUCAAGAGCUUUCUUUGCUGAGUUCGGGCAGACUUGAGAAGCCCUUGUUUCCCUUGCUGCCUAUGAAGGAUUCCACCUACUUGUCAUCGCAAAAGACCGUGGUCUCUGGUAACAAGCGAGGGUUUUCUGAUGCCAUGGAUGGGUUUUCAGAGGUAAAAAGCACCGUGUACAAUGAAGGAAAUUGGAUGUUUCCUGCAUCAGGGUCUGACUCUGAAACUGCUCAAUCUGUGGCCCAAGGAAAGUUACAUGUUAACUCGAGUGUAAAGUCUGUUGCUCUGAAAGAGCACUCUGGAGUCGAGAAUGCCACGGUGAAAGAGAUUACACAUCCCAAGGUAUCCAGUGAUGUCAAUCGUAACCAAAUUUCUCCGGCUAAUAACAUUAGUAAUCAACCUGCUGCCAAGGCACAGGUUGUCGGUUGGCCGCCAAUAAGGUCAUUCCGAAAAAAUACAUUGGCGACUACCACAAAGACCAGCGAGGAAGUAGAUGGAAAACCUGGUCCCAGUGCUUUGUAUGUCAAGGUCAGCAUGGAUGGCGCCCCUUAUUUGCGAAAGGUGGACUUGAAUACUUACUAUGACUAUCAGGAGCUAUCUUUGUCUCUUGAAAAGAUGUUCAGCUGCUUUAUUAUUGGUCAAUCUGGGCCACAUGGAGCUCCCGGGAGAGAAAGCAAGCAUAGGGAUCUUCUACAUGGAUCAGAAUAUGUUCUCGCAUAUGAGGAUAAGGAUGGCGAUUGGAUGCAAGUGGGAGAUGUGCCUUGGGAUAUGUUUAUCGAUUCCUGCAAAAGACUGAGGAUUAUGAAGAACUCCGAUGCCAUUGGCUUAGCUCCAAGGGCGAUGGAGAAAUGAGCAGGAACUAGCUAGUAGCAUCUAAACACGAUAAAGCAAAUCCAAGAAGUAAAGGAGAGAGUGCAGAAUAACAAAAGCAAAUCUCAUGCCACUGUCAAUUUUUAUACUUAUUUUUUAAAAUUUCAGGAAAGUUAUGAUAUAUAUCUUUUUACGCAUGUUUAUUGCUAUUAAGAAAGGAAAAAAAGAAAAUUACUUGUCAAGAACACAAUGUGAGUGAUAGUUAUUGUUUACUGUUUGUUUAGUGCCUCAGUUUCUCUCUACAGAUAAUUUCCGUCUGUAAAGUGUUUUUAAUCUUAGACAUGUUUUGUGUGCUUGAGACCUUUAGUGUCCAAACCCUUAAAGUUUUCCUCACUAUUCUUCCCUU